UUCAAAAGUACAAAUCCGAUCUAACUCAAAUCGCAGACCUGGAAAAUGUUUACGCAUGCGUAUUUUCCGUGUAAUUUAAAACCAUAUUAAAACAUAAAAAUAGCCUCGUGCGCCAGUUCUUAUUUCAAAUUUGUGUAUUAAUUCUUGAAGAUAGUUGCUAUUUUGAUUUAAAACAUUUAGUGGAACAAAUGGCAUCAGUUGAAUCUAAAGUACCUGUUACCAAGCAUGUUUUUGCUACUUAUGCAGAUGUUUGUGCGAAAAUUGCAGAGCACGAAAUGUUGCACACAGUGCAUUAUGUUGUAACUUGUACAGGUAGCAUGGAAAAGAACUAUGAAGAAUUGUUCAAGAAAGAACACAAGUUGUUUUAUGAGGACAAAGAUUUUUCCUACACAGGAGUACCAUUCAUUGUGUCAACACGAGCAACACUCGACUGUCAGCAUGGAAAAGACAGAAAUAUUAAAAAAAAGGCUCAGUACAGGAUAAAGAAAGAUAUUGAAGCUAGUACGGAUUAUUAUUGCCAAAAAAAUAGAGUCAUUUUGCAGGAUACCAAAAAAUUUGAUUGUCCUGCCAUGGUCUAUAUAAAAGAAAUUAUUGAAUUUCCAGAGUUUAAGGUUUCUAAAAAUACAGUACGGUUAAGAAAGGAAACAUCAAAAAAACUCCGUUUAGCUUUAGUUGACCCUGAAAUUUUACUUAAGUGCAGAAAGUAUAUCCUAGUAUUGCCUGAUAUUUCUGUUCAUAAGAAUCAUGCAGUAGGUGAUGUUAGUGCUAUAUCCUGUCGUUCAAAAGUACAAAUCCGAUCUAACUCAAAUCGCAGACCUGGAAAAUGUUUACGCAUGCGUAUUUUCCGUGUAAUUUAAAACCAUAUUAAAACAUAAAAAUAGCCUCGUGCGCCAGCUCAAAGCUUAAUGUAAGGCUUAUUAUUUCUCUAUAAACUUAUGUAAACAGAUUAAUACAUAUAUUAAGUUAUAAUUAAACAUAUAUAGUUUAUCAUAAUAUUAGAUAUUGUUAUGUACUUAUAAUAUAUAAAACAA